UCUGCACAUGCGCACCACGUCAGUGGAGUUGAGCUGCUAGUUUCCACAUAGACGACUGUAAAAAUCAACAUAAUAUUGACUGUACAGAAUAUCGUAGGCGUCCAGUCAUAUACCAGAAUGUAGAAAAAUACGACUAUCUGUUGCGGCCAUAUGACAAAGGCAACCAGUAAGGACUCGAUCAGAAGGUUGAAUUAGAAUCCCAGCUUCACAUAACACAGUAUUGGCACAUCACACAGAUAUACAGUACUGGGACUAAGAUGCCGUGUCCAAAGAAUGGUGUGUACAUCAUCCAAGGGGAGAUCACUCUACUUGGAACUGCAAUGAGGAGAAGUUCCAGAUGGUCAUCUCACAGUCACCAGGAUGAUGACCAGGACCCCUUGCUUGGAGGGUUUUCUCGUCUGAAAGAAGAACUCAACCACGUCGCAGAUUUAGACGAACUGGAACCUAAUGUGUAUUUGAGUCCAUUUUUGGAAGUGAUUCGGUCUGAAGACACCACUGGGCCUAUAACAGGGCUUGCACUCACUUCUAUCAACAAAUUUCUAUCAUAUGGACUUUUAGAUCCUUGUUGUGAUACAGCCCCUGCUGCCAUAGAGAAUAUAGCUGAUGCUGUAACCCAUGCACGCUUCGUAGGAACUGACCCAGGAUCUGAUGAAGUGGUACUCAUGAAAAUAUUACAUGUGUUGCGGACACUGCUACUGACCGCUGCUGGGGCUCAGCUGACCAAUGAGUCUGUCUGUGAAAUAAUGCAGUCAUGUUUCAGAAUAUGUUUUGAGAUGAGACUGAGUGAGCUGUUGCGUAAGUCAGCUGAACACACACUGAUGGACAUGGUUCAGCUCCUGUUCUCUAGACUUCCUCAGUUCAAAGAAGAUGCUAAAUGGGCUCUGGGGAUGAAGAGGCUAAAAAUGAGAGCAGGUGUGAUAGAGACGCGAUACAAAAAGAAGCGUUCUCCAAAGACAAAAAGAAAAAGAUCAGCAGUCCAAGCAGUAGGUGGUAAUCAGCUGGCAGCAACCACUGUACCAGAAUUAGAUGAUUCACCAAAAGAAGGUGGCACAGAAGCUGUUUCUGACCAGGCGGCACCAAGUGUGACAGCAACAGCUCUGGAAGAUGAAGAAGCCAUGUUUGAACAACAUGCUACCAUAGCCACCACACCAGUGGCUGGAGGAAUGAACAUGGUGGACAUACACGAGGGGUUUCAGGAGGCACUGGAGAAAGAUGAGCAGAGUACUAACACACAAGAGACACAAGAUUACCAGUAUAGACCUAGCACCACAGGGGAUAUUACCAUUAACAUCGAGAAUGUGUGUGAUGUCCCUGAUGCUGUAGAGGUUAGAGAAAAGGGUGAAAGGGUUGGUGGUGGUGGUGGGAUUGGUGGAGCAGGCAAUGUGGUUCAGGCUGACAAGAUCUUGGCCACAGAGAUAGAGCAAGCCAACAGGGAGAUGGAGCAGGCCAACAAACCUAGCUGCCAUGCUGUGGUAGAGGGCAGUGACCAGGAGUCCCUCGUCUCUGACACAGCAUCUCUACAGGAUGUAGACUAUAUCAACCCACGCGGAGUCCGGUUCACACAGCAACAGGUGGCCAAAGAAGGUUCAGGCCCUUUGAUACCAUAUGGCCUUCCCUGUGUCAGAGAGCUGUUCAGAUUCCUGAUUUCCCUGACCAACCCCUUGGACAGACAUAAUACUGAUGUUAUGAUCCACAUUGGUCUGAGUCUCUUGACCAUUGGCCUGGAGGCCGGAGCUGAUCACAUAGCACAUAACAGUUCUCUUCUUCUGCUGGUUAAAGAUGAAAUGUGCAGGAACUUGUUUAGUCUCCUGCAAACAGAACGUCUCUCCCUUUUUGCUGCAGCACAGAGGGUGUGCUUUCUUUUGUUUGAAUCUAUGAGAAGUCAUCUCAAGUUCCAGUUAGAGAGCUACCUGAUCAAACUGACUGAGAUCAUCACGACGGAGAGUGUGCGUGUGUCGUAUGAGCAGAAGGAGAUAGCACUGGAGUCUGUGGUGCAGCUGUGGAGAAUACCUGGACUGGUCACAGAACUUUACCUUAACUAUGACUGUGAUUUAGUCUGUUCUAAUUUAUUUGAGGACCUGACGAAACUUUUAUCAAAAAAUGCUUUCCCUGUGCAAGGCCUAUUCACAACUCAUUUACUUUGCCUGGAAGCCCUGUUGACAGUGGUAGACUAUAUAGAGCUACAAUGCCACAGUAAGGUGCUGACUAACUCAAGAUCCCAGGACAGCUUGGAUGGAAUGGUAAAACCCCAGGGCGAAGAAGAUUAUAAUCAUGGUGCCAGUGAAACUCCUCCAGCCCCUCCUGUGUCAGGGUAUGAAGUGGGACAACAGCUGUUACAAAAAGAGAUGGAAGAAAUUUGCAGGAAAAGAAGCUCUGUGAGACCCAACAGAAUGAAGAUAUCUCCCAACAUUCCUACUGUGGAAGACAUAAAUAAAACCAGAACUACCAAGAGGCUUCUACAACAAGGUGCUGAGCUUUUCAACCAAAACCCAAGUAAAGGAAUAACUUUCCUACAAGAACAGCAUCUUUUGUCAGCUCCUCUUCAACCAGGAGAGGUGGUGCAGUUCUUGAAAACUAAUCCAAAACUUGAUAAGAAGAUGAUUGGGGAGUAUAUAAGCAAAAAGAAGAACCAUGCUGUCUUGGAGGCAUUUGUGAAGGACUUUAACUUUGAUGAUAUUCGUCUGGACGAGGCGUUACGGAUGUACCUCGAAACCUUCAGAUUACCAGGAGAAGCCCCUGUUAUUUCUUAUCUCUUGGAGCACUUUGCAGAACACUGGCAUAAAUCAAAUGGGGAACCCUUUGCCAAUGUCGAUGCUGCAUUCACCCUGGCCUAUGCUGUCAUUAUGUUGAACACAGACCAGCACAACCAUAAUGUUAAAAAACAGAAUGUGCCAAUGACAGUGCAGGAAUUUAAGAGAAAUGUCUCAAAAGUGAAUGGCGGAGAGGAUUUUGACCAAGAAAUGUUGGAAGAAAUUUAUACUGCUAUAAAGGGAGAUGAAAUUUUACUGCCAGAAGAACACACUGGUCAUGUGAAAGAAAACUAUAUGUGGAAGUUACUAUUGAAGAGAGGAGGGUCCAAGGAUACAGCUUUCAUCCACUGCCCUACAGGAUCAUUUGACCAUGAACUGUUCACACUGAUUUGGGGUCCCACUGUGGCUGCCCUGUCAUUUGUGUUUGACAAGAGCAUGGAUGAGUCCAUCAUACAGAAGGCGGUGUCUGGUUUCAGAAAAUGUGCAAUGAUAUCUGCCUACUAUGGCAUUAGUGAUGUAUUUGAUAAUCUAGUCAUUUCUUUGUGCAAGUUUACAUCACUGCUGAGCACAUCAGAGACAGCAGAACACAUUCCUGUGACCUUUGGUAAUAACACUAAGGCUCAGCUGGCAGCUCGCACUGUGUUUGGACUAGCACACAGACAUGGGGACAUACUCAGAGAGGGCUGGAAGAAUAUCAUUGACUGCAUGCUACAGCUCUUUAGAGCUAAACUACUGCCUGAAGUUUUUGUAAAGGUGGAAGAUUUCCUGGACCCCAGUGGGAGAAUUUCCCUUAUCAAAGAAGAGACAAAGGAUCAUGGGCCUGAAUCUAGUGUGUUUAGUUCUCUGUACUCCAUCUUUGUGACUGAGCAGCCAAAUCAAAAGGGUCCCACUCCAGAAGAGGAGCAGGCCACUAAGAAAGCACAGAACUGUAUCAGAGAGUGCCACACAGAACAGCUCAUACAGGACAGUAAAUUCCUCAGGAUAGAUUCUCUGCAAGAACUUAUCAAGGCUUUGAUAUUUGCCUCUAACAAUGCUCUUGAAAACCCUGAAUCCAUUGGCUUGCACUGUGAUGAUGACGUUCAGCAUGUGUUCUACUUAGAACUCCUGAUUAAAGUGGUUCUUCAGAACAGAGACAGAGUAGCUCCUAUCUGGCAGGCAGUUCGAGAACACUUCUAUAGUUUGAUAGUGAAUGCCAGUGCUCACACAUUCCUGGUUGAGAGAGCUGUGGUGGGGCUGCUCAGACUGGCCAUUAGGUUACUGAGGAGAGAAGAGGUGGCAUCACAGGUGUUACUGUCUCUGAGGAUGCUACUGAUGAUGAAACCAGAGAUCAUCCACUCACUGUGUCGUCAAGUCACCUUUGGUCUGCAUGAAUUACUGAGGACUAAUGCUGCUAAUAUCCACUCCUCUGAGGACUGGUAUACGCUGUUCACACUGCUGGAGGUGGCUGGGGCUGGGGCCAGUCCUCCCCCAGUCAUGCAGACUGGGAAUGGAGUGGAUGUGGCUGAAAGUCUGGUAGAUGCAGGUGCUCAGAGUGAUAGUGAGAUAGGAACAGACCACGUGCCCAGUGAAUACAGUGACAGAGGGUAUACCUCAGACAGUGAGUUGUAUGAGGCACUUCAGACUAAGCACCAGAAAGCCAGCACUGAGGUAGAUCUAAAUGUGAGGCCUUCCAAUGGCAGCUGGCUGGUGGUCAAUAAAGAAGAAUGUGAAAGAGCAAUGUUGGUGAACCAGUAUAGUAUUGAAUUAAGAGACAGGCUACAGCCACAUGAUACCAAGUCUUUAAUGAAGGCCUCGGAAAGCCUGGCAUUCCUUGUGCGUGAUGCUGCCCAUGUGACACCACACAACUUUGAGAACUGUGUUCACGCUAUUAGGAUGUUUGUGGAAGCCAGUGUAAAUGGAGGUUCCCACUUAAACAAACAUCUUUUAAAGCCAAAAGUUCAUGAAAAGAAAGGCCAUAAACAUGGUCAAAAAAAAGGAGAUAAAAUGAAAAAAUCCAAAUCCUCUCCUGCUCACAUAGCACAUGUCACAAACUCAGAUGAUGAAGAAGAGUUUGAAAACACUACUGGAGCUUAUCACUCGCUAUCAAUACAGCUUCUGGAUUUGAUGCACACCUUACACACCAGGGCAGCCUCAAUAUUUGGUUCCUGGGCAGAGGAGGAGGAUGGACAGGGAAAAGAUAGUAUAGAUGCUGGCUCUGGAACUUUGUGGAUAAAAUGCUGGUGUCCACUUUUGCAGGGUAUUGCUCGCCUCUGCUGUGAUGCCAGGAGAGCAGUCAGAAGUCAAGCACUUACAUACCUACAGAGGGCUUUACUGGUACAUGAUUUGCAAACUCUGUCCCCUACAGAAUGGGAAUCCUGUUUUAAUAAGGUCCUGUUCCCACUUCUUGCCAAACUUCUGGAAAACAUUUGCACACAAGACCCUGUGGGACUGGAGGAGACUAGGAUGAGAGGAUCUACUUUACUCUGCAAGGUUUUCUUACAGCACUUGAAUCCACUGCUUUCCCUGCCUACUUUUACAGCCCUGUGGCUGACCAUACUGGAUUACAUGGACAAAUACAUGCAUGCUGAUAAGAGUGACCUAUUGUAUGAGGCUAUUCCUGAGUCACUGAAGAACAUGUUACUGGUGAUGGAGACAGCAAGGAUCUUCACACCUGAGGAGGAAGAGUCACAGUUGUGGAAACUAACCUGGGAUAGAAUUGACAGUUUUCUACCAACUCUUAGAACAGAAUUGUUUAAGCCACCAGAAGAGAAGAAACCAACCGAGCAACAGACCACUCCUCCUGAACCCCAGGUUAUUGAACAUAACUCUCAAGCUGAACCAAACACUCCUCUACUACAACAACAACCUGCAGAACAGCAGCAGCAGCAACAACAACAAAAACAACAACAACCUGGGCCUGAGCAAUGUCAGCAGCAGCAAUCAGUGGCACAGUUGCACCCAAUACAACAACAGCUACAGCAACCACAGCAGACCAACGGUGUGGUGGGGCAAAGCACAUGGGGUUCAGGAGGCAGCCCCAUGAGACCUGCCAGCCCCUUGACAGAUGAGACUCCACUGCCCCCAACCUCCACCUACAUCCUACACCCUCCUCUGCCUACAGUGGUCUCCCCACUGAAGCCAGGCAUGCCUCUACAGCCUCUACAGCACCAGCAUCAAGUGCCAUUAUUGCUGAACCCAGACCUGAUACAGGCAGGAAUGCCUCUGUUAUCACCACAGAACACGCCUGAGAAAGUGAGUGAUGCCAACAAUAUGGUCUCUUCUAACCAGUGAGAGAAGAUAUCACAACUGUUUCCCCCCCAAGAUCACUUACAGUGGUUUUUACUAGUGACAGGAUCCAUAAGAUGAAAAGAUACAGCAUUUGAUGUUUAAUUUAUUAACAUAUUCAUAAGCACUGAAUUUCUUAAUGAGACGCUGUACAAUUUUAUCAGUAAACUGACUGAAUUACCGAGUGACGGCUAUAAAUCCACUGUGAUUUGGUUACAUAGUGGUUUGUGCUGUGAGUGAUGUUAUUGCUCACUUCAGCAGCUUUUGAUUUUAUUACUGUGAAGAAACGGUAAUGGAUGAAGUGAAAAAAGUAAUAACAGUUUAGAAAGACUAUAUGCUGCAUUUCCUUACAAAAUAUGUGAAACUAGAUGCUGACAAGAUCAGUUAAAAUUGUUUACUGAAACUAUACAUGAAUAAGAAUAAAGCCAAACAUACAUUAACAAUAAAAACAAAUAGUUCACAGUGUU